AGGUGUACCAAAUGAUCACGUGCGGCGGUGACGCGGAGCUGGAGCUGGUGGACUCGCUGGACCCCUUCUCCGAGGGUAUCGUGUUCAGCGUGCGGCCGCCCAAGAAGAGCUGGAAGAACAUCUCCAACCUGUCGGGCGGCGAGAAGACCCUCAGCAGCCUCAGUCUGGUCUUCGCGCUGCACACCUACAAGCCCAACCCGCUCUACGUGAUGGACGAGAUCGACGCGGCGCUGGACUUCAAGAACGUGUCCAUCGUGGGGCACUACAUCAAGGAGCGCACCGCGGGCGCGCAGUUCGUCAUCAUCAGCCUGCGCAACAACAUGUUUGAGCUGGCGGAGCGGCUGGUGGGCAUCUACAAGACCGACAACGCCACCAAGACUGUCGCCAUCAACCCCGGCCGCUUCGCCGUCGUGAAGCAGGACGAGGAGGAGCAGCAGGACCAGGACCAGGAGGAGGAGGAGGG